AUAUCUGUCAAUGAUAAGGGAAGAUAGAUGUUCUACUUAAUUUUAUAAAAAAAAUACUCAAGCAAGUACAUGCCGUUGGGGGUGGUGCGGUCGAGGCACUUUACAGCGCUCCGGUUUGGUGCCGUGCUCACCCGCGAGAACGUAGCCGCGUUGCGACGACAUCAACGCGCGAUCGUGUUCAGCGCAAUUCGAGUAUACCACACUGUCUCCUACGAGGUGGCGUGCCUGCUCGCCGGAGCGCCACCAUGGGACCUGGAGGCGGAGGCGUUAAUUGCUGACUAUAGGUGGCGUAGUGACUUUCGCUCUAGGGGGAAAGGGGGUCCUGGUGAAGGAGUAAUUCGAGCGCGGAGACUCCAAUCUCAGCGCUCCGUGACGGAGGCGUUGUCUCGUUUGGUGGACCCGCCGGCUUCCUUCCAUACCGUCGAGGUGGUUUCCCCGGUUCUCGUGGGCUGGGUGGGCCAUAGCCGCGCAUACCUCACCUUAUGGCUCACACAAAUGCUUACUGCCCACGGAUGUUUCGACCGAUAUUCGCACAAAAUUGUCGAAAGGGAACCGAUGGCGCAGUGCAGUGCAGACCGCAACGAGGAACCUACAUUGGCACGUUGCUCAUCGAAUCCAGAGCAACACGCCAAUGUUGUGCUGCCCUCGUCGCGAGGAUCGAUACCCAAUAUAAAUACAGCAUCAUUUUGAGAGAUAGUACUGAAAAGUAUGUACUUCUAUUUCAUAAAAUUUAAAACCAUAAAGUGACACUUCUACUAUAUUGUGAUAUUAUCUAUGCUAUGUUCACCGGUACCCAUCUGUGCGCAUACAUACCGUAUGCUGAAUAAAACUGAAAACACUAUUUAAAAUAGCAUAAUUCUUUAAAAGAUGACUGCUUUCGAAGAAUUUGGUGUGCUGCCUGAAAUAGGCAAAGCUAUUGAAGAAAUGGAUUGGACUCUACCGACUGAUGUCCAAGCCGAAGCUAUUCCCCUAAUCUUAGGCGGUGGAGAUGUACUUAUGGCAGCCGAAACUGGCAGUGGAAAGACAGGAGCAUUCUGUUUACCUAUAUUGCAGAUUGUCUGGGAAACCUUGAAAGAUAUGCAGGAAGGAAAAACCGGUAAAGUAAUAACACAAACGUCUUCUGAGUGUACUAUGUCAUUUUUCGAUCGCACUGACGCACUGGCUGUUACUCCUGACGGGUUACGGUGUCAAUCCAGAAAUCAAAAAGACUGGCACGGGUGUAGGGCAACCAAAGGUGUUCAUACGAAAGGUGCAUAUUACUUUGAAGCCACUGUCACUGAUGAGGGCUUAUGCCGUGUCGGCUGGUCUACACAAGCGGCAAAGCUGGAUCUUGGAACUGACAGGCUAGGCUAUGGAUUUGGUGGUACAGGCAAGAAAUCAAAUUGUAAGCAAUUUGAUGAUUAUGGCGAGGCUUAUGGGAUGAAUGAUGUCAUUGGCUGUUUCCUGAAUUUAAAUAAUGGUGAAAUUCGAUACUCUAAAAACGGAGAAGACUUGGGUGUGGCUUUCAGUCUUGAUUCAUCUAGAAAGUCAGACUGUUACUUCCCUGCAGUUGUCUUGAAAAAUGCUGAGAUGAGUUUUAACUUUGGUGCCACACCAUUUAAGUACCCACCACCAAACGGAUACAUAGCAAUCAGUCAAGCACCCAAAGAAAACGUCAAGCAGAAUGUUAUAGCCGCUGUAGCUUCAACAGAUAUUAAACCAGUGAAUAAUGCACCGCAGGCUAUUAUUAUUGAGCCGUCCAGAGAAUUAGCGGAGCAGACCUGUACACAAUUUACGAAAUUCAAGAAGUAUUUAGAAAAUCCCAAAAUUCGGGAGCUGCUGGUUGUUGGAGGUAUAAAUGUUAAAGAUCAAAUUAACCAGUUGAACUGUGGGGUGGAUGUCGUCGUUGGGACGCCGGGACGCUUGGAAGACCUUAUCCAAGGAGGAUACUUAUCACUGACGCAUUGCCGUUUCUUCGUCUUGGACGAGGCUGAUGGUCUCUUGAAAGCGGGUUACGGAGAACUGAUUGAACGCCUCCAUCGUCAGAUCCCGAAGAUAACAUCCGAUGGACGGAGACUGCAGAUGGUUGUGUGUUCGGCAACCCUGCACGCAUUCGAAGUCAAGAAAAUGGCUGAAAAAUUAAUGCACUUUCCGACUUGGGUCGAUUUGAAAGGGGAAGACGCAGUUCCUGAGACCGUACACCAUGUUGUUGUGAACGUAGACCCGCAAAAGGACAGCUCUUGGCAAACACUGCGCAAGCACGUGCAGACCGACGGUGUGCACGCUAAGGACAACAUUCGAAGCGGCAACACUACGCCUGAAACGUUGUCUGAAGCUGUUAAGAUACUGAAAGGAGAAUACUGUGUGCGCGCCAUCAGGGAACACAAAAUGGACCGGGCCAUAAUAUUCUGCCGCACUAAAUUGGAUUGCGACAACCUCGAGCGGUACUUCAAAACGUUCGGCAAUGAGCUGUCCUGUGUGUGCCUGCACGGCGACCGAAAACCAAAGGAGCGCAAAGACAAUUUGGAGAUAUUCAAGAACAGCCAAGUGAAGUUUUUGAUUUGCACCGACGUCGCUGCUCGCGGCAUCGACAUCUCGGGCCUGCCGUUCAUGAUCAACAUAACGCUUCCCGACGAAAAGUCCAACUACGUACAUCGCAUCGGGCGCGUCGGUCGCGCGGAACGCAUGGGCCUGGCCAUCAGUCUCGUCUCCACCGUACCCGAAAAGGUAUGGUAUCAUGGCGAGUGGUGUUCAUCUCGCGGACGGAACUGCUGGAACACUAAUCUGAUUGACGACAAACCUAAGGGAUGCUGCAUGUGGUACAAUGAACCUCAGUACCUGGCGGAUAUUGAAGAUCACCUAAAUAUCACGAUACAGCAGGUCGAGACGGAUAUGAAAGUCCCAUCCAAUGAGUUUGACGGUAAAGUAGUUUACGGUGAAAAAAGAAAACAAGCUGGUUCCGGAUACCAAGACCAUGUCAGUCAAAUGGCGCCUGUUGUGAAAUCUCUGCAAGAGCUAGAGUCGCAAGCACAACUCUACUAUCUUAAAAUGCAUCAUAAUGUCUCCAUUUCUUGAAUCAGAAAUAUAAUUAAAAUAUCUACUAAUUUAUUGUCGCAUAUUAAUUAAACUGAUUAGAGCGCA